AGAAUGCUAGGAUUACAGAUAUGGGCAAAAGAAAUGGCUGAAUAAAUCUGAAUGCAGCAAUAUCAGUAGGACCUACUGUGAUCUUUCUGCUGAAACUUCCGACUAUGAGCACCAAUAUUAUGCCAAAGUUAAGGCCAUUUGGGAAGCAAAUUGCUCCAAAUGGGCUGAAACUGGACGAUUCUAUCCUUUUUUAGAAACACAAAUCGGGCCACCAGAGGUUGCUCUGACUACCGAGGAGAAGUCCAUUUCUAUCGUCCUGACGGCCCCAGAGAAGUGGAAGAGAAAUCCAGAAGACAGUUCUGUUUCCAUGCAACAAAUCUACUCCAAUCUGAAGUAUAACGUGUCCAUAUGUAAUACUAAAUCAAAUAGAAUGUGGUCCCAGUGUGUGACCAACCACACGCUGGUGCUCACCUGGCUGGAGCCGAACACUCUGUACUGCGUCCACGUGGCGUCCUUCGUCCCCGGGCCCCCUCGCCCAGCUCGGCCUUCUGAGAAGCAGUGUGUCAGGACUUUGAAAGAUCAAUCUUCAGAGUUCAAGGUUAAAAUCAUCUUCUGGUAUGUUUUGCCAAUAUCUGUCACCGUUUUUCUUUUUUCUGUGAUGGGCUAUUCCAUCUACCGAUACAUUCACGUCGGCAAAGAGAAACACCCAGCAAAUUUGAUUUUGAUUUAUGGAAAUGAAUUUGACAAAAGAUUCUUUGUGCCCGCUGAAAAAAUCAUGAUUAACUUUAUCACCUUCAAUAUUUUGGAUGAUUCUAAAAUUUCUCAUAAGGAUAUGGGUUUACUGGAAAAAAGCAGUGAUGUAACGUUGGAUAACCUUAAAGAUACCGAGCCCAGUGGGGACCCGGAGCCGGCAGGGGAGGAAGAGGAGGUGGAACACUUAGGGUACGCUUCGCAUUUGAUGGAAAUUUUCUGCGACUGUGAGGAAGACACCAAAGGUACUUCCCUCUCCCAGCAGGACUCACUCAGCAGCACAAUACCCACCCAUACAACAGGCACUGGGUAUGAAUAUGACAUAAGAACCGCUGACAUUCGUGUGGGGCCUGAAGAUCCAGAGCUCAGUCUGCAGGAGGAAGCUUCCACACAAGGAAGUUUAUUCGAGCAACAGGCAGCCUGGGCAAACUUGGGCCCACAGACGUUACUGCACUCAGGCACCCCUGAGCUCAGAGACUUACAACGUCAGGCGCAGGAGCACACAGACUCAGAAGCGGGGCCCGAGGAAGAGCCAUCGGCGACACUGGUCGAUUGGGACCCUCGGACCGGCAGGCUGUGUAUACCUUCACUGUCUGGCUGUGACCAGGACGCCGAGGGCUGUGAGCAUCCUGAGAAAGAUUGUCACAUGGAGGAGGAGGGCCUUUUAGCCCGACUCCAUGAGGAGCAGGCCACAGACAAGCCACCAGAGGAAAAUGAAACCUAUCUCCUGCGAUUUAUGGAGGAAUGGGGGUUGUAUGUCCAAAUGGAGAACUAACGCCAAAACUUCCCUUUGCCAGACCCCUCCUGUGACAUGGCCUGUGAGCGCAAACAAAUGAGGGACCUGACAAUAAAGCACCUUCCUGGGAUAAAAGAAGUUUGUUCAGAUUUUUCAGUGUGAGUGAGAAUCACUUCUCUCUGUGCUCAUAGCGCUUGCUUGGUCCUGCCGCCUGCAGGUGGUUGGUUCACGCACGUGGGUCUCCCGCCAUGGUGGUGGGCACCUAGAAUGCAGCGGCUGGCCCGUUGCCUUAUACAGAGGAUGCAGUUAAUAAAUGUUUGCCAGGCCGGGUGCAGAAUUUAUUCAGGUGUUUUUGCUCUGGCCUCUUUGUUUAUUAUUUUCCAACAAGCACACUUGUACAAUUAUUUUCUGGGUAUUUACCGUGUGUAUAAAGCAUUGUAAAAAAUAUUUCAUAAAGAUAAUGGUUUUAUAAAUACUACCUUUUCAGAAUUUGCUUAUUGUGAGAAUCAGGAGAUACUUAACACAUACUCAUGCCACUAGGUCGGUGGUAAGCUGGUCACAGGUAAAGACUUCAACUCACUCUUCAAUCAUGAUAAUCCACGUUUAGAGUGAAUAAAUCGGGCACAGACCUUCCUGAUCUCACACACUUUCGCCUACUUUAAGAAGCCAAAUUUAAUAUGAGUAGUUAUGGAGUAUAAACAUAAAUUGUUAUUUUAUAGUCAGAAAAAUGUCCUCCCAAAAAUUUAGCAAGGGCUUCUUGGUAUCCCUCAAAAUUAAUCUGAAAGAAAAUGCCACCCUUUUAUAAUAGAAUAUUAUAUUUACUUCUAGACAUUUACUGCUAGACAGUGUUUUCAAAGAGAUAUUUAAAUAGUCUGUAAACUAGAAAGUUGUUCAGCAGUUGAAGCACUGUGUUGCUAUUAUAACAUUAAAUAUUCUAUUGAAUGGGCAGUGCCUCAAAGACUCUUUUGAAUAUGUAUAAAUGAAUAUCCUCUGUCCACAUAAUAUUACAAUCAACAAAUAAGCACAAGACAUACAAAAGAAAUAAGUUAAAUGAAUAUGUGAGGGAGAGUUUAUUAAAAUUUGACAUAAUUUACUGUGGGAACUAAGGCAUACCAUAAAACAAUACCUUUCUAGUUGAAUUCCAGCAACUGUUCCCAUCUCCUUUACCACUUAAGAAAAUUAAAUUCUCCAGUCACACCAGAUUAAAAUGGGAUAGAAUCAAUAUUAAGUUGAAUCAUAUAAAAUUGUUGAUAGUUGGCUGUUUUUAAUCUGCAGAAACAGCAACUUCGUAUGGUUUUGCCUUAAUAUAUAUCUGUUUUAAUCAGGAACUCAUAAUCCACUGAUGUUCUUUCAGGAAAACAGAUACCCACAUUAUUUCCUUAUUUAUAUUUUUGGCACAGACAGACAACCCUGGUAAGAGAGAUGGAUUCCGGGGUCAUGAUCUUUUGCAAUUGUCCACAAAUCUGAACUGUUUUGGAUCUACUGGUUUAAUUUAGAGCAUAAUUAUAUUAAUCAGAGUGUUCUGUUCUUCUCAAUCUUUAUAGAUAUGAUGCUGCCCGUUUUGAAGAACAAAUUUAUAUCACUAACCAAAAAAGAAGUUCAGGAGUGGGAAAGAAUGAGUUGUUAUUAAGACCAAAAGGAAAAUAAAAUGAUUGAUGAUGAUUUGGCUUGUUAAUUUCAUUCAAAAACUAAUAAUUGAAAACCUACUACAUCCUUCAGUGUCUUCAUCUGUCAAAUAGAAAUAACAGCUUUCUUAGGGUUGUUUUGAGGGUUACAGGGAGUGUGGAAGGCACUUAGAAUGGUGCCUGGUACCAAGCAAGUGCUCCAUAAGUGUUUAUUAUUGCCACUAACUGCCAGAUCACGUGUUUAGCCCAAGAAAGAGAAAAGCCAGUUAGAGAUACGAUUAUUUUGAUUCAAAGGCAGAGCUUGCCUGACUUUAUUUUUCUUACCUGAAAGUACAAUAGUAAUUUGCUUCCUACUUUGUGCCUUCAAGAUUGAAAUCCUUCAGUGGUUGAACCACGCUUUCUAGCUUUGUAAAAGGGGAGCUAAUUCUGAGUUGCUUUUAUAUCUCCUGUCAUUCCAAGCAUGUCAGAAUUGUUGAGCAUUUCUCUAAUUUUGCUGCUUCAGUACUUUGUUGCAUGUAUACAUACACACAUACAUACACAUUCAAA